AUGUCCAAGCUAGCAGCGAAGACAUGCCCUGGUGUAAAAGGCUUACCGGUGACAACACGGGGGGAUGGCGCAGUGGUUAAGCGCCAUGGCUGUUACUUGUGUAACGUAGGUUCGAAUCCUGCUCCCUCCACCUCCUCCCCACUUAAUGUGGCAAGGAUAGCCCGGCUGGCUAUCGACAACAACCACCCGCCUGUGCCGUCGAGCCCACACUUGUUGGGAACUUCGUCUACAUGGCUACAAACGACCGACAGCACCGCUGGUUGGACACAGGCCCCUCUCGACGAAGAGCCGUCAACUGCCGUCAGACGAAUCCUCCGUGCGCCUGAAGGCACGGGGUCGCGUCAGUGA